UCAGAAUCAGAAUCACUUUAUUGAUCCCAAACUAGGAAAUUAUGGUGUUACAGCAGCCUUUUCCUUGUAAACCAAAACAUUAUAGGAAUAUAAGAAAGACAAACACCAAAAGUUGACCGAAGACCUUGUAAUUACUGCCUGUGGACAUGUUUGAACUGGCUUUAAGAGGCUUUUAUUUGCAUGGUUCACUGACAGACGAUUUUGCUUUUAGGGGGAAAGUUGAUGACUCUCCUCUUAAAGAGACAGUAACCAUGUCCGCUUUGUGCAGCUGCACGGAUGAUGUGUAUCACUUUAAAUCCAGUAUGACAGCUCGCUGUGGUGAGAGUGAGCACUGUGAGUUUGGGCUGUUGAAGCCUUUAGCUUUCUCAUACUCCGCUUUCGACCUUUGAAUCCCGGACCCCGGGGCGAGUAGGCAGUUCCGUCGCCUUUGCUGCCAAUUGGCUGCUCUCCUCUCUUCUGUGUACCACUUCUUCCUAUUGCUCCGUACAUCGUGGCCCAAACAUAACAGCCAGUGCACACACACACGCUCUCUCUCUCUCUCGCUCUCUCUCACACACACACGUACACACACAGGGACAUCAUGUGGCGUGAGUGUGCGCGAUGCUGCUCAAAGUCCCCCUGUCCGCAGAGCUGUCUCUUAUCGGAAUGUUUGAAGAUUAACGAGGUUAACCGCGUCCUGUAGACCACAGGCUACUACCAGCUCUGCCCUGCAGGCCAGGAAGUCGACAGAGCAGGCGGACAACGUGUUGAGGCGGACCAGGAGGAAGGAAGUCACCGCUGGAGCUGCCUCGUAACGCUGACUCCAGAAACAUGACCGAGAAACGGAUGUCGCGGUGGUAUUUCGGGGGACUGGCGUCCUGCGGAGCCGCCUGCUGCACGCAUCCUCUGGAUCUGCUCAAGGUGAGGGGGCUUACGAGGGGAGAGUGAGCGUGUAUCCCUCCGCUCGCUCGCUGCGGAGUGGGGGGAGUGCAGGCCUGAACAGCAGGCUACAGCUGUUUCCAGCAGGAGUCAGUGAGGACAGGUCCCACUGCAGUCAUAAGCCCCACUGUCGAGUCAUCAUAUUACUGUGUGCCUGAACUAUAUUAGAUAUCCUGGCAUGCUUACCACAGCGGCAGCGAGCCACUCGUAGCCGUGCCAUGCUUGGGGUUAUCACAUGUCCUCCAUGGCAUCACUGAAAUGUCUGUGAGGAUGUUCAAGGCUGAGAGAAUAUAGACGACACUGGAAAGCCACACAGUGACAAUAGCUUUGAAAAUCAAUAGUGAAGAUAUUGCCUUGGUAGAAUUCAUGGAGGUGGUUGAAUUUGAUAAAGCAUUUUCAAUAUUGACAAACUGACUAAGGGUAGGGGAGAGUGGGGUAAGUUGAGCCACCCCCUGUAUCUUGGAAAUAGUAAAAGAAAUUGAUCAUGUGACCAAAUAUUUAGGAGAUGGACAUCAAUUCAUGGAGUCUGUAAAGGUUAGAAGCACAUGGGUGAAGGGGUUAGACAUUUAUUUACAAAAAAAAAAAAAAAAACAUUUUUCAUUCUUGUAAGUGAAUUUAGUCUGUCAUAAGUUUUAUAAGAAUUGUGUUUAGACCAAAAAUAUUUUAAAUUUAUUUUAUACAUCAAUUGUUGUAUCUAUGAGCUAUCACAUAAAAGUCCACCAUUUUAGCUCAGAGGACUAAUAAAGUCAUAAUAGUAGUUCUGGGGUAAGUUGAGUCAGUGGCUCAACAGAGAAAAGGAGUCUGAUGAGAGGAUCAGAGUUUCAGUUCAGAUUGUUGAAAUAUGUUAAAAUGGCUUUUUACAAAACAUCUUUUUGACAGUCAUAUGCAAUAAUAAAAAGAAUUAUUGUACUUGUUGAAUAGUGUGUAAUAGAUAAAAAUACACAUGAAUGUGAAGAAGCGACUGUUAUUUAGGGAGAAAGAAGGUGAGGGAGGACUGGGGUGGAGAGUGGGGGGGUAGUAGGGAUACCGCUCAAUUUACCCCGCUCCUAUGGUCAACCUACCCCAUACACGGGGUAAGUUGACCACUUUUUUUUGGCAUGCUAUAUUAUAAAGACAUGUAUGUUUUCACUCAUUCUGUCGGUUUGCAGGGAUGCACAACAUCUUAAAAUAUAUGCAGAUACAUUAGUUAGAGACAAAACUAUGAUUGUCUUGAUGUAGUGAUCCGAAAUAUGAAAAAUGGCUCAUCUUACUCCACUCUCUCCUACUAUAACUCAUCUUGACAACAUGUGUGUGUGUGUUGUGGAGAGAGUUGCAUUGUGUGUGAGGGGUUUAAAUGCAUGUUCAUUCUUGUCAGUCUAUACCUGUGCUGCACAGAGGAAUGAACUGUACCCAUCCACACAAUGCAAAAUCCUGUUCUCCCCUUACUAAUACCUAAUUCCUGAUUGCAUGAACAAGACCAGCGCAUGACCCUUAUAAUACUAAGUGGUCAGCAGGAAGUCAUGUGACAUGUAAUUAUGUAGAGGAGGCCAGUUAUCUCCUCAUUGCAGUAAAACUGCUCUCUACAGGCUUCAUUCCUGCCCUUAAACUGGUUGUUAGAUGGGUGUAACAUUUACAGUUAGCUACAGUAUGAGAAGACAUUCAAUUCUGUUGAAUUAGUUACUUCUAGUCCUCAAAGAUAAUAAAAUGAGCAACAUUUGUUUACCCUUGCAAUCUUGCUUGCGGCAGUGCAGGCUUAGCUUUAAAACGUGUGUUUGUGUGACUUAAAUCAUUCUUAAACUCAUUAUAGACCAACUAAACUAGAUGCUUAGGUUGGAUGCAUCGGAAAUGCUUGUAAAAAGUUUCUCAAACUGUAGAUAAAUUAGUUUAUAUAUACGGCCUCCAAAGUUGCAGUUUAAUGUCUGUAAUUAUUCCUAUUUGUAUAGAGUUCUCUUGUCAAAAGCCUGUAAGUGCUUUGCAACCAAUCCAGUAUAACCACACACCUUCAUGUGAGGACAAGAUUGUGUGCACAGUCUGGUCAAAAGGUGUCUUAUCUGAAGAAACACCAAGGGCAAGAUUUUAGUUUUGGGAUUAACAGUGAUUUGUAUUUGGUGCGUUGUCAGGAGUUUUGAAAUUACCGUCAAAUUCAACUUGUGUGAGCAAAGGACAUGGUACAUAAACAUCAUUUCACCAGUGGCGGCUGCUGGUCUUUCAAUGAGGGGAAGCUCAUUUUUCUGGCCUACAUCAUAAUUGUAUUUGUUUAUUAGUAUGUAACAGAACAGAGUCGCCAAACACAACGGCAGUCGUUUUUAAUAAAGACAGAAGUCGCUGAGGAUCGGUAAAGUCUCCGGAGCAGUUAAGAACAACGGAAUGAAUGACUUGGAAAAUGCUCUGGUAGAUGUUUUAUUCUUCAAGAUCGCUGAUUCGCUUGUUUAGCUGUCAAUCAAAAAAGGAUUUCGCCUCAGACAGCUCAUCCAAUCAUGGAUGCAGAAGCUUGCAGUCCGGGAGAAAGUCGGGACCGCCCUCUCGCCAUAGAACUCCAGUGAAGCUUAGCUUCCAUUGGGCGGGACAAAGCCCAGCAUUUAUCCAAUGAGCGUCUAGUUUCGCUGCUGGAACAACCCACUUUUAGCUUCCACAUUGAAGUCAGCAGAAGCCCAGCGUCCGGCUGUUUAAAGCGCUGAGGCGCUGCGAGGAUGAAUGAGAACGAAGUUAUGCCGGUUACCUAUAAUUAUCAGCUUCUUAUCACAGUGUCUGAACAAAAGAUGAAGGCUUUCUAGUGCGUAUUUAGUUAAUGAAAUGUACACACAGCAGUACGUAUUUCACCACUUUUUCUUUUUUUUGGGGGGUGACAUUUUAAGGGAAGCCGAGCUUCCCUUGCAGUCUUAGAGCAAUCGCCACUGCAUUUCACCAACAGCAUUGUCAGCUGUUUCAGAGAAAAGGAAAUACCUUCUUUUCCUUUCUCUCUUCAGCUCUCCUAUCAAAGGAAAGCACCUUUGUUUUUUUUACAGAUUUCACCACAAUUUAUGACUUGAUGCUAAAAUUUAGAAUGAUAGAGUGAGACAACGACAAGGUUACAUGUCCCCUGCUCAUGCAACUUAGAUGAAAACAGCCCCAGACUGAAGCUGAAUGAGGACGUAAAUGGUUUAAGUCAUCAUUUCCCCCCAGGGACUCUGUUCUGUAGACUCAAGUCAGCAGAAAAAAACAGAACGGGUCACUCUGCAAAUACUACUAGUGUGUGCUCUGAGGUCAGGGGAUUUAGCUACAGUUAAGAUACUACAGUUAUGUUGAGAUCUAUUACCAAUACUGAAUGGAGCUCAUAUUCUCUGCAUUCACUUUCAGAGCUGAAUUCUCGGAUCUGUCCUGUAAAAGCAAGGUCUUAGUUCAAGUUUGAAUGUUCGCAAAAAAAUCCUGUGGAAAAAAAGCUAAUAGAUUCAAGCGAUUUGAGAAAAAAGGGAAUAAUGAUAUAAAAACCCAAAGAGAGUUUGUCUUUCCAAACUCACUAGUAUAACAUCAUCGUACUCUGUAAGUGGAAGCUCUGUGUAUAUACUGAGAUGGUUUAUCUACAAUGGUGAGCGUGCACAUUGUUCACACUUAGGUGAUGUGGUAACACUAUGCUGGUAAUGAAUAAGUGAGUCAGUUUUCAGGGCAGCUAGUAUCACUUUGUAGAAAUGAGACAAUGUGUGAUGAAAGCUGAUGGUUGCACUGCAUCAAUGUUUGUGCAGCACCCUGGAUUGUUAGUCAUUGCUCACAUUUACAUAAUGUUUAGAAAAUUCCACAUGCCAUUACAAUUCUUUUUCUAUGCUUUAACUAUUUGUGUAGACAUGUGUAAACAUACCCCUAACCCAUGAGGUAAAUAUCACAACCUUUAGCACUGCUGCGUAUUCUUUUCCACGUAUGGUUUAAGUCACUUUGUAGCUAUGAAAUAUAAACUCUGCUGCUGUUGUUGUCUGAGCUUGGAGAACAUGGUCUAUCAGUCUAUCUAUGUCACUGGGCCAAAUAAGUUAUUAUGCCAAGGAAAACAAGCAAAGUUUUGGACACAGUGUCAACAAGCGGAGGUGAAAUAUGAUUCAAUAUAGUGUGUGAGAUCUGGUUGUACAAGCAUUGUUAUGAGGUUUUGACUAGUCAAAAUCAAAUAGCUAGCACUGCUGGGUAAUCAUGAAAGUCCAUUUGAAUGUGUGUGUUGGAUAAAGGAUAAACACAAUAAAUACUUAGCAUGGGUAUUGUGUAAUAUCAAAAACAUAGGGAAAUAAUCCAACUGUUGUUGAAUGACAAAAUCAGGCUUGUCAUAUCAAAAUAAAACAUUAACCUACUAGUUCAGUGAAAUUUUAAUUCAAGCUGCUUUGGUCAGUUGGAUUACUGAGGUUAGUAAAUCUAUAACAUGACUCAGUUUAAUCAUCAGCAGAUGACUCUACUGAAACCACUGAACUGUGGAACCAGUCUCUCCGUCCUGAUUGAACUUCACUUUUUUCUUGUCUUUUUUAGACUAAAAAUAAAAGGCUUAACUGCAACUCUUCUGCUGUGAUUUCUUGAAAAGCACCAAGCUGUACUGCUUUAGAUGAUGAAUUGAGUUGUGAUUACUUGUUCCUUGAACCGUUUCCUUGAAAUCACAGGGUUUUUAUUGUCUUUGUGAGCAGACAGUGAGGCAGACAGUGAGGCAGACAGUGACCACGUAGCAACAACCUUCAAAGUUCCGAAAUUGAAGGCUUCAAAAAGCUCGCUCGUACGCUAAUCAUAUACCUGUAAAUGCUAAGAACUAAAUUAUCAUUUAGUUGGGAGAAAAUAUGACUUUCAGCAAAGUACAGGGUUUGUCAGAACUGUGUAACACAAGGCAAAGAUUACCUGGUCAUGUUUUAUUUUCAGAUUUUGUCCUUUGUGUUAUCCACAGAUCCAUAACACCAUCAGAUAGGCCACUGUACUGCUACCCUAGACUGAUAAAGCAGAGCUGCUGAACAAGAUUUUUUCAACCUCAUCUUGAGUUUGAUACUUAUCAACCCAUCUGCUUGUUUUUUUUUUUUUUCCUUUUACUGCAGUACACGUGUUUGUGUGAUUUUGCCUUAUUGCACAUACACAUUAACUCGCUGUUGGCUCAAAAGGACUCAGUUUGAACCUGUAUAUACUUAUUGUGCUUCCCUUUACUUGGAAAUCGCUAAAAGGGAAGAUAAAUGAUCCUUGUAUACAUCCAGGUUAAAUGAGUGGAAGUUAUUGUUGUCAUUAGUUAGAGCUGGGCGAUAAAACAAUAAUGAUGUCGAAAAUUAAUUUCCCUCAAUAUCAAUAUAAACCAUGGUCAAUAUCCUUUUCAAUAGUCGUCAUUCUGCCAUGUUUUGGUAGACUAUACGAAUAGGCAAUGAAAAGGGGAGUUGCUCUGGGUCCGCUUUGUGCUGAACCAAUCGUGCUGAAUCAGAACCAAGUAGCAAACAACUACGUAGUAGCCAUUAUGUGUGGAGCAGUGAAAAGAUUAUUGUUGAGGUUGUUUUUAAGGUCUAUUAAGAUUUUAGCCACAGCAGUGUUCUGACUUUAUAAAUUACGAUCUUAAGGUGAUAGAACACCCCCAUAAAACAACUAAGAAAUUCGUUUAACACAACUAAACUCAGGGUCAGGAAGUUGGUGGGUAUGUGAAACUGUUUUACUAAAUGUGUGUACUGGUAUAGCAUCGCUCUGUGGAUAUUUGGCAACUAAAGCAGACACAGUCUACUCUACACAGUGUGUUGUCUCUUUAUUCUAACAAACACUGAUGAACCACAUCACGGUAUAAUAUUCCAUCUGUCUUCUGUUCUUGUUUUCAUCUGGGUGGUACAGCAUUAGAGUUUAUAAGCAGUAGUAACUAGCUACAGCCCUCAUUUUACAUGGGUUGCUUAUAACAAUUGCUUGGCAUUUUGAGCCUUCAUGAAUAAAAUGUUGAUAAUUGAAUUGGUUGAUUAGUUAUUCUUAUGACAACUAGUUAUUGACCACUUGACUAACUGCACACAUCCCUGCUUUUUAGGUCUAUGUUUGUAAAUGAAAAAAGGAAGAAAUUAUUGCAGGUAAUAAGAUUCCAGCAAAUCAAGGAAAGAUAAUGUGAUAUCAAACUAAUAAUUCAUUUGUUGAAAAAAAUAAGUUUCCACAUUUUACUAGCUAUACUAGACUUCAGGAUGCUUUACGAAGUCAGAGUCAGGGUCAGAGGUCAGCAAUUUUUUACUUAGUGGUAAAAUUUACAUUUUAGGGUAAUAAUUGUGAUAGGAGGAAGAUAUUGUUCAUGAGGGCUCAGUGGUCCCCAAACUAAUUCAAAAAGAGGACAAAGGCCUCAUUGUAGGGCUGUAGACCUCCCCUACAAAGACUUAUGAGACACACUCACAUGCACAAAGAGAUCAAGAGAGAAAGAGAGAGAGAGUUAUGUACUGUAGUGCUACCACUAACCCAUUGAGCAUUUUUUGGUCUAAAAGAAGUCUAAUAGUCAUCUAAAUGGGGCCUAGACGACUGGUCUAAAAUCAGGCUACCACGGGUCUAAAAGUGAACGUUUUUUAGACGCCUACAUGUAGACAAAGUUUAGACUAGCCGGCUAGCAGAGGUCUAACUGUAUAUUGCUCAACGGUUACAUAAUUAUUCUGGUGAAGUACUUGGAGAUCAAUUAAGCAACUCACAGUUCCUUUUUUGAAAUAAAGGGACAAAGUGCAACGUCUAAAUUCCAUCUAAAAAUAUACAGAAUCUGGACGGUUGAAAUUAAUUCUAAAAACACCUGGACGUUUAAUAGUCGUCUAUUGCUCAGUGGGAAAGAUGAUUUUUAGAGAAAAGAAAUAACCCUUUAAUAAACUAACUAUGAGAAGUUUGACAAAUAUAUAUUCUGAAGCAAGGGUCUUUCCAAGUUUUACUUGGAUUUGCAUUGUGGGAAGUGUAGGAUUCCGUGCUCCUGAAGCUAAAUCUGAGAAUUUCUUUGCAUCCGUUUGUCUUAUUUGAGCAUCUCUUGAAUUGUUCUGUCAGUUCCUUAAGUCUUAGUAUGUUCAAAACUACGCUGACUAAAUAUCUGAGCAGUGACAAUUUGUCAUUGACUUUUGAACUUUUAUAAAUAUGUGAACUGGUGACGAAGGUUUUGGACAAGUUAAAAAAACAAAAACUGGAACUGAGGUUGCUGUGUCAGCCCCUGCAGGAUCACAUACUGUCAAUGUGUGCAGAUUUAUUGCAUUUGUGUUUGUCUUUGUGUUGUUUUCUGUCUAAUUUAACAACAUCUGGCUACCAUACUGACACAGGACUGUCUCUCCAGGUCCACCUGCAGACUCAGCAGGAGGUGAAGAAGAGGAUGAUGGGGAUGGCUAUUCAUGUGGUGAAGAACGAUGGUGUGCUGGCUCUUUACAAUGGCCUCUCUGCCUCCCUCUGCCGACAGGUAUGUGUCUCUUCAGGAAAGGACUGACCAAAGACCACUCUUACCCUCUGAAGCGCUCCAUGAGUUCAGUCCUAAAUUUGUUCUAACCUGCGGGACAAUCUUAUAGAUAAAACUGAGGUAAACACUGGAGAGAGAUGGAUUAAUCGGCUGGCUGAUUAAUCUGGAUGAUUAAUGGCACUUUGACAAAGUUGGCAUCAUAUUAUCAUCAACCCUCACAAAGCUGAUAUCCAUCUCUUUUAGAUGAAAACACAUUUUUUUCAUCCUGAUUGACAGCAUAUCAAAAACAUAUCGUUAAACACUCAGUGGUUUAGUGUUUGAUUAACGAUAUCAUAAGUAAUCUGGUUAAGUAUUGACAGGUGCUCUAAUUUCUAUAAACCAAUAUCUUGGUCUUUUCCAGUGAUUGAUUAAAACUCCAAUUAAAACAUGUUAGUAGCUUAGACAACCAUGUUGAUCAGAUUUGAGUUCGCAUGGCGUAAAGAAUCUGUACUCAGCUUUCCUUGAUUGUUAUUUUUGAUAAUAGCUAUGACUAUAGAGCAAGUUUUUGAGCAAAUUUCCUAAAAAACGUGUAAUGACUUUGACAAAGACUCUCCAGAUGUUGUUCUCAUUCAAGAUUUGAAACUAUGAUCAGAUAGCUGAUUCUGUUGUGAGGUUGAGGUUGCUAUUGAAAAACAUCUCCAAAGUUCAGAAUCCUAUGAAAAGAUCAGCGUGAAUGUUUAAGAAGGAACAUGAGGUCUGUAAAAUGUGUUUCUUUUUCAUAAACAUCAUUUAAUUGGAGAAAAAAAGUUUCAAUUACAGACACUUAAUAUUUAUAAAUGAUGAACUUCAUCUCUGCUUGUGCAGCCUGUUUACUUCUUAGCCAACACAGACCUCUUCUCAAACCUAUUGUGAUGAUGUACCAGUCAACUUGACUAUUUUUCCUCUCCUCUCCUCUUCAGAUGUCUUAUUCACUCACCAGAUUUGCUAUUUAUGAGACGGUGAGAGACAUGAUGGGCAGCAAAAGCCAGGGCCCCAUGCCUUUUUACCAGAAGGUCAUGCUGGGAGCCUUUGGAGGUGGGCGCACACACACACACACACGCACGCACACACGCACUCGCCUUCCUUCUCUCUCCUCUAUCACAGACACACACAUGCAAAGUCACUCAUACAGUUUUGGGUGCCAACUGUGUCGCUCUGCCUGCAGGUUUCACUGGUGGUUUUGUUGGUACGCCGGCUGACAUGGUGAAUGUCAGGUAACACGCCACGACAGCUCAGAUAUUCUUUACUAAACCACAAGUUUAAUCACUCUAGACAAGCUGUGGCGUGUAUCCCUUGUCAUCUGGAAUUGUUUUUGCUUUCAGGAUGCAGAACGACAUGAAACUACCACCAGAGCUGAGGAGAAAGUAAGAGUUGUAAUUCACUCUGCUAAAAUGUCCAGUUCACACUUUCUUAAACCCUCUUAUUGUAUUGUAACUCUACGUUUCUUAUUUCCCUUUAUUAAAGCUACAAACAUGCGAUUGAUGGGCUCUACAGAGUCUUCAGAGAAGGUACAUAUGAAGCCAUAUUAUGAUUGCAAUAUGUAAUCCUAUCUGAAUAAUCAUUCCUGACCUUUGACCUCUGCACUGUGUCCCAUCCAUCAGAGGGAGUGAGGAAACUGUUUUCAGGAGCCACCAUGGCUUCCAGCAGAGGAGCGCUGGUCACUGUGGGGCAGGUAAGUCACAUUGCUGAUUGGCUUAAACUUGGAAAGAUCCACCCAUCCCUCUCUAAAAUAUGUGGGAAAAAAACAUAUUUGGAAUCCAUUUAAAAAUCCUGUAAUAGGAGAAAAGCAUUAAACUGAGCUAAAUUAAAUGCAUAUGAAUAAUGAAUGUGGAAUCAUUUUCCUGGAUGAAUAGGCCGCCCGUUUAAAUGAUCUCUAUCUAACCAGUGCAUAAUGUAUGAAUCCAUAAAAUUCCAGUCUCACUUAUCUCUGCAAAUUGAGUGUUGUAAAGCAUAUCUGUCAGAAAUUGACUUCAGGUGGAGCACUUAAAUAACUUCCUCAAUCCUAUUCAUAUUUAAAUAGUUUGUUAGCCACACAUAAAGGUACGGUAUAGACAUAUGGGCUGUGAAAAUUCAAAAAGUCCACAUAUGUGGCUCUGGAUCCUCGAUCUGAAUAUUUACAGUAACAAAAUUAAGAAUUGAGGUAACGUUUAAUGAAGGAGUUGACUCAAGAGUUACAGCAAAUUUUAGAAAAUGUGGCAGACUGCAAAAACCUCUUAAUUCCUUCUUUUCUCACAUCUUUUCCUUGAAUCUAUACAAUUACUCCACAAGAAAAUGAUUCAGAAGCUGAAUGGCUGAAUCUCAAUCUCUUUCCUAAACCCUAAUUCCUGACCCAUUAAAGGGAUAUUCCGGCAUAAAAUUAAGUUAGGGUCAAACACACCAUAACACCGAGUUAGAGAGAUGAAUGUUGUCGACUGCUUGCUUCUCUAGUUAUAACAACUUUAGGAACGACCGCACUAUAGCAACACACAACUGUCUACAUCUCCAUGCACAAACCGCAAACAAAAAGCCACUCUAUAGCCACAAAUAAUUCUCAGAACAGCACCUAACUUCAUCAACAGUACAUGUAGGAUCCCAGCCAUAGUACUAGCCACCAAACCUCUUUUUAUCUUUGCUUGGUUUCUUUAGCAAAGAGACUAAACACAACUCACCCACUCUCCUCCAGUAGCCGCUUGUUUGACAGGGAGCCCUUAUGAGUCAAUCACUGAGUGCGGCAGAGUUUCGCAGCUCAAAGAAGAACAUUUAUGAUUAUUACUUCAUUGAAAUGCAAUCAGACCUAGAGACAGCAGAAGAACGACCACGUCUGUGGUGCAAAAUGAUUAUUAUGAUGAUUAUUACUACAAGGAAAUGAUCCACUGCACCCGGUGAUCGACUCAUCAGAGCUCCCCCACAAACAAGCGGCUGCUGGAGGAGAGUGGGUGAGCAUCUCGGCCUCCUGCUAACAAAAUAAAAUUAAAGGUGUACAGUUGUAUCCUGGCAAUGUUUUCUUAUUUGUAUGUACAGAUAGACUUACUUUUUAAGUGCCAAUGUUACACCUUCCAUACUCCAGUCUGUGGGUCCACUGGCAAGGGAGGGCUCAUAAAGUUGGCCAUAGACCCCACAUCCACCCCAGUGUGGGCACUUAUAUUGGGCCAAUAGCUGUGGUAAAUGAGGCCUGUCUGUGCUUUACUCUACCACUGGGGGGAGCUAAGUAAUGAACUACUACAGUAAAAUUCUGCUUUGAAAAAGUGAAAACAUGUCCUUUGUUUUCAUAAAAAAACCUGUGAUAAUUGAAGUUACGCCUGCAUAGUAUUUUCAGAAUCAGAAUCAAUAUUUAGAUUUAUCCUGGCGUGGAAAUUAAGUGAUUUUGAGAUUGUGACCACUUCUGCUUGAAUUCAUGUAUGUGUUUGUUAAAGAAAAUCUCAGCUGUGGCCAGUUUUUGGUAGAACAUCAUGUGGGAUCUAAGAGUGAAGAAAUACUGUCUUUAUUUACUACAUUCUCACUUCAAAAUUUCACAGUUACUCCUCUUCACAGUUUUUUUUUUCUUACCUUUAGCUGGCGUGUUAUGACCAGGCCAAGCAGCUGGUCCUGGGAACAGGCAUGAUGGGAGAUAACAUACUCACACAUUUCCUCUCCAGCUUCAUUGCUGUAAGUUUAAAGUUUAGUUUCAGAGACCUGAAGGCUUGAAAGUUUAUGAAGCUCUUUUUUGUUUUUAACUGACUCUCUGCGCCUCUGCAGGGAGGCUGUGCUACAUUCUUGUGUCAACCUCUGGAUGUCAUGAAGACCAGGCUCAUGAACUCAAAGGGAGAAUACACAGUGAGUGGACCCCUGUUAUUCCUCUUCAGCAUCUACUUUCAUCCUUUCAUUCCUCGGAUUCUGCUUUUAUAUCUUUUUGUUUCAUUCUAAUUCAGUGUUUCACCUCUUUCAGGGGGUAAUACACUGCUUAAGAGAAACUGCACAGCUGGGCCCCCUGGCAUUUUACAAGGUAAAGUAAGAACAACAUACACGCCAUGCAAAACACCCUGUGUGCUUUGAGAGCUCCAAAGUGUUUCUUAGCUGUAGCACAGCAGUAAUAAUCGGCUCUCCCCAUCAAAAGGGGGGGCAGAAAUAGAAGCUAAUCCUGAAAUAGACAUCUCUUUUUUAAAGUGAGGUCUCCAAAGGCAAGGACAGAUAUACCUUGUCAUUUUGCUGUAAAAGAUCAUCCUUAUAUUUAGGUUUAAAACCUGCUUAGCAUUGGUAACUGAGCUAAAGCGUAAAAUGAUUAAUCUGAUGUCCGCAGGAACUUUUAUUGUUAGGUCUUCUCGUUUAAAAGAUCACAUAAUUGGUAACGUAAAACAUGUCUGUUAUAAUAACAGACAUUCAGAGCAACAGCUCCAAACACAGACUUCUUAUAGAGAAGACAGAGGUUGAGGCCCUUGAAAAUCUGAAGUAAUAGUUGAGUUUGACUUUGAACAGAUCUCCAGAUUUAACACCCCCCUCCCAUUCAGCUGUCCCUCCUCAAACAGCGUAACAACUUGGCAGUGCUUUUCAGGUUAAAUUGUCCGUCACCACCUUGAACAAAUUUUUGUCUCCUCACGAUUUGCAUCAGUCCCACAGGACUUUGCUCUGGCAGUCAAACACAUGAACAGCUUCCACUCACCCACUCAAACCUCUAGGCUAAAGGAGCAUCAUUUUAGUAGUUUAAAAUAACUUUAAAAAAAAAACAUGAUUUGAAUCAGUGGAAUAAAUAUUAUAUAAACUUUGACUGCAAGGUGUAGUGCAGUUUGAAUUUCCCAGUCAUGAUUCAUCUCUAAAAGGAGUCCAUCUCGAUAAUGGCAUGUAGAAAUGAAGGUUAGAAGGUUGGGGGUCUCAGGUCUGGUUGGUUUUAUAACAAGCCGAAGGCAUUUAGUUUGUCUUUACAAAACAAACUUAGCAUGAAAACACAUCAAACAACCAGAACAAAAACUAUUAAAAAUAUACAAAAUUACGAUGAGAACAACUCCAGCUCCAGUCAGCGCAUGAGCUCCUUAGAUGAUUAGUAAAUGUCAGAUACAGUGUCUUGUAUCAUAAAAGAAGGUAAGUAUUAUACCCAGUAUCAUUACAAUAAUACCAUACUCUGAGUAGGGCUGAACAAUUUUGGAAAAUAAUCCAAUUCGAUUUUUUUCCUCAAUAUUGUGAUUGUAAUUUAAUAUGCAAUUAUUUUUCAAGGUCCCCUUCUAAUGUUUUUUUCAACUAACAAACAAUAAAUCAGUCUGUUAUUAUAGUAAACAAUAUCAGAUUAAUUAUACAUAAAUCGUUCUUUCUGGCAGUUAUCAUUUCAAACACAAACACACGCACACACACACAGAUACACACACACAGGCUCUCUGCUCACACACUAUUGCGCACACACAUGAACGACCAUCAUAUACGUCAUGAUACUAAUCUAUGUACUGAUGUCGAGAUGGAAUUGGUGCCCAAAACACUGGAAUCUAGUCUAUUCGUUCAGCUGUGCUGCCAUCGCUGUAUUGGAUUUGUUCUCCAUUGUUAUGCAGACGUGGUUUGAAGCUGACGCACUGGUCGCUGGUGUUUUAGCCAUUCAACUAUCAUACAUGGCUUUGUUACGUUCUUUUAAGUGUUGAUAAAGGUUUGUAGUGUUACCUCCUGAUAUAGCAACAGUAGCACGACAGGUUCUGCACACAUUGUGCAGCAGCAUCUUUUUUUGCCGUGCUCCCCCUCUUUGGUUCUUAACUUUCUGCAGUGUGAGCUUCUGUAGUGGAAUUAGGCCAUGGAGCGACAGAGUGCGGUGUUCACUACUUUCUACCUGCUCUGCUCCACUCGCAAAUCACGUGACCAGUCAAUAUUGCAGCAUGCGGAUAGAAAAUUGCGUUUUAUCAUAUCACCAUAUAAUCACAAAUGCAAGUAAUCAUUCAGCCCUAAUUCUUAGGUAUUAUUCUGUGCUCUGAGUUGUAAUGGGAAGAGACUCUAAUCUAAUUUGAUGCCAAUUGUUUUUUCACAGGGUCUCGUCCCAGCAGGGAUCCGCUUGGUUCCUCACACAGUGCUCACCUUCAUCUUCCUGGAGCAGCUCAAGAAAUACUUCGGCAUCCGUAUCAUCUCCUGAGCUCACUCUGGGACCAUCUGAUCUCCCACCGCCCACCGCCCACUGCCGCUUAUAGCCUCCAGUCAGCACUCUGCUCUUAGCAUUUAUUAGAAAUAUUUAAAAAAAGAAAGAAAGAAAGGGAGUCACUUGUGGUUUAUGAGGUGCUUUUGGAGGUUUUCCAUCUUUUGUUGCUCUACCUCGGUCUCUCAGCUUGAAGUGAAUGGAUUUUGGUUAUUAUGAGCAAGAGCACCAACUACUGGAGGGGACAAAAACUGGAAGAACGGACUAUUUUCUUUAAUUCACAGGUCAUCACUACAAGAAAAGACAGUACUUGACAUAAAGGUGUUGAUGUGUUUAUUAUGAUAAACUGCAAAGAUAUAGAGAGGAGAGCGAAAUGAGCCCUGGCAGAUUUGUACAGUAGUUGUUAAGUGUAAGUUGUCUCAGGUUGAGACAUAGUGAGAUUAGGAGCUAAUUUUUAGUUCAGGGGGAAUAUAUCUGUGGUGUUUAAAACUUACUACAUGUCACUUUUAAUCAGUUCCAGACCAGGUUUUGUCAUUUGUGUAAAAACCUCAGCUGCUUUUUUCUGUUUUUCAGGAACACGUUUCCUGUUAGUUCUCUGCUACAUUUUGUGUCGUUUUAGGACAGAAAUCCAAAACACCUAUAUAAUACAGCCUUGUCAUCUGUGUCAUUCUUAUAAGUCAAUAUGAUCUCCUGAAAGCCAUUUCAAAGACAUGACAGGUCAGAUUCAGUCAUGAUCAUUCCCUACAGUGAAGACCAAAUGAGAGGCACCCUGAGUUUUAACAGGAUGAUUUUUUUUUUCUUGCGCUUAAUGAAUGAAUGAAACAGAGCUGUGAAUUGUCUAGUCGGUUUGUUUUUUUCUGCUUGUUCCAGUUUGAUGUCAUAAUUGUACUUGCAGAUGGAUAACGGUGUGGGGGACCAAGCUUGUGUUCAAUUUUAAGUCUGAAGGGAUUUAAAGCAAGUAGAGCAGAAUUGAAGAACCCUUUGAUUACAGCUCUUUUAGUCUCUAGGAAAACUCCAUACAACCACUUGUUCUCUUAACAGUUUGAGUAGAGGUGCCUGUACAGAUCUAUUGUACUGUGAGUGUACAUCUAGCAUUUCUGUCUGUAGUGUCACCGCUUAGUCGAUUGCAUGCCAGACUUUAUGACUCAGGAUGUUUUUUCUAAGGCACUUUAGGACAGUCCCUGGACUCCUGCUGACUGAGCUGCUGCGUAGAAACACGUGCUGCAAACUACUAAAACAUGUUCUAAAUGUAGAACAGUUUUCACAUGUUGUAGAAGUUACACUGUUAAUGGUUCCAACUGAUGGUACUUGUCUUAUAAGUUUGACGGUUCAGCGAUAAAAUGCAUUUUUCUCCCCUGUGCCUGCUCUGCCCUGACAGAGUCUUGUCAAAUCAUAUUGCCUUAUAGUUUAUGCCCUCCAGGGGGUAGUAUAAGAACAUGUGAGUAGUCAUGAUGCCAAGAGCUUGAAUGAACCUUUUGCAACUUCAUCUGAGGGUGCGUUCACAAGAAGUGAGCCACAAUCUUAGAGAAACUACAGGUUAUGAUGACCAUGUAUACCUGCAUGUCCUUAUAGUUGAGUUUUCCUCUGGAAUUUGAGGAACUGUAGAUCUGCCAUAGUAAACUAUGCUAAUGCCAACUUGAUUCAUACGCACAGAAACUAAACUGGAGGGACCCAAAGUCGGGGGUAGUGUUAAUUUCCUUAUUUUGUAGAUUAUUGACUAAUGACUUUUGAAUUAAAGUACUAAUCGAGAACAUGA